AUGAAACGUAAGAGAGGUGUCAAUGAGCCUCCAAGCAAAAAGAAGGCAAAAGAGAAGAAACGGAUAAUGCAUUGUGGACAAUGCAAGAGCACAGAACACAACAUAAGGUUUCAUAAGAAUGAUAAGGCUCUUGGUGAAUCUUUUCAAGCUACUGAUGGAUCUUCUCAAAGCUUUGGUCCAACUCAAGAUUCUCAAGGCAGCUUAACACAAGCUUAG